GGCGAGCCCGGGUGCAGUGCUGCUGUGUUUUUUACGGAGGACGAAGAGGCGAUCUGGUACUGUUGUGGUGGCAUCAUCAGGUCUGAAAUUGACAAGGCCACAAUGGAAAAGCGCAAGGUCGACGAGCGAGACUUAAGGAAGUUCUUCCUCACUCCAGUAUACGAUGAACAGGGUACCGACUGGGUCAAGACAGACCACAAGGUCAGCCUCUAUCUUGCUCUGUUCAAGGGGUAUGGUUAGAAGGCAUUCGCUAAGAAAGCCUUCACCGGCAAGCAAGAUGGGAAUGCGUUUAGGAUGCUCUUACCCAUUGAAUUCCUCCGCAAGACCAACGGGUACAGGAAAAGUGGUCAAUUCCCGACGGUCACCGCUGGUUACCAGCUCACGUUACCUCUUGUCCCGUUCGAUGCUCCUGUCGAGAGCCUCGCAGGAUUAUCAAUGUGCUUUAGCGAUCGGCGACAGGUUGUGUUGACACCGCAACAGCCUCUCAGCGGGAAGGAGAAAGUCAUUACUUACCAGAGGCGUUCGAGCGGUCGGUCAUCGGGAAACCUUCCGAAGAAGAAGGGGCUCGCUAGACCUCCUUCGGAUUUUCCUGGAAGCUCUCGUGCUCGUGCCAGCUCGCGCUCGCGGGACACCGCUCAACGUGGAAUGGACGAGGAGUCGGACGAAGACGAAUGGGUUCGCCAAUUACAUUCACGGUUGUUAGCGACACCUGGGUACAUCCGGGGUGAAGGCUCUUUCGAUGUGAAUGUGGGGCGGGAAGCUGGUGGAGGUGUCAAUGGAGAAUACGACGAGGAUGAAGGGGAGUGUGGUAGUGGCGAGCGCCGAGAACAGGUUGGAGGAGCGGUGGACCAUAUGGAGUGGGAAAAGGUUGCGGCGAGCGGUGGGGUGGGCGGUGGCAGUGUGGGUGGUUCAGAAAUGGAAGACGAGGAAUUGGAAGACGAAGGAGGAGAUGCCUGUAUUCUUCGAAUUCCGGUGGGAGAUAUCACCUUCAACCAACGAUCGCUGAACAUGGCCAUCGUUGCAGGCAUCGAUGCGGCAAUCGAGGCAUCAACUCGUCCAAGGUCCGAGGAUGAUCCGGCUCCGUGGGAUCCACUGGAGUUGGUGCUGGCUCCGAUUACGCCGUCGCAGGACGCGAACAGCCAAGGGAUACGUGUCCUUCCACAGGACUUCGAUCCCGAUAGGGCAGACGAGUUUUUCUAUUACCCGGUUGCCGGUCAACAUACUUCCGAAGUUAUGAAAAGAGUAGUGACAAGGAAUUCUGCAGCAGUUGAGGUGUUCGGCUUUCGGAAUUAUGAUCGUAUACGGAUCAUUUAUUUUGACGACGACCACACGAACGGGUACACGUAUGUUUCGACAUACGACAACACGAGAGCUGACCGUUUUAUGUUGUCGUCGUUCCACCAAGCCUGCGAGGACAUCAGAGGAUUUUGGGACUCGAAGAAACGGAUCGGGCUUGUGGGGAACGUGUCCAAAGGAGAUCCCACUGGUGUGACGCACCAGGAAGAGUGGAGGAAUUUUAUGAGACUUUGCAUGGGGAAGUCAUGUGACAAAUCACUGUGGACCGAGUGUUUGGCUCCGAAGUGGGACUUAACGAACAGAAUGAGGGGAUACAUGAAUGUCGCCACAUGCAAGGACUGGAUAUGGACAUUGGCCAUCCAAUUUCUUGGGAAGGACGUGAGAAACGAUUGCACGGUUCAGAAACAGAAGACUGCGCACCGUCCGAACAGGGACAUGUACCACAAGCUGGGCAAGAAGAGAAACAAGAUGUGGGAAUAUCUGUUCCAAGACCAACCCAAGUCGUCAUUCGAGCAUGACUACAUAGUUCGCAAAGCGAUGGCACAGGAAGCGUAUGGUGGCUACCAUAAAGCGCAGGUGGGUGCGUUUGCGAUGUUCGUGGCGAGAUGUGAACAAAUGAAGUUCACAGCAAAUCAGGCAAUGCUGACGUACGGUGAGUACAACAACAUUGUCAAAACAACCGAUGCAUGGAAUCCGAUCGAGAGCGACGAGGAGACCAAAACAUCGGACCUUAAAAUCGAAGAGCGAGUGAAACGUUUGCGAGAGGGAAUGCAAAGUGUGUCUGCAUGCAGCGUGCCGAACGAGAAUCCAGAAGAAGGUCGCACGAAAUCAGGAGGUGCGAGCAGUCCGACGCGUGACGUGACCGACAGGGCGAGUUCCAUUGAACAGAUGCAAACGGAUUCGCCUACGCCCCUCCAAGCACUUGAGAAUACAUUGAUUCAUGGCAAUCGUCACGGAUUCCAGGGGAGGUCUCGCACUCUUCGAGGAAACACGAAACACAACAUGCUGGCAGACGCCGAUAAUGAUGACUUGGCGGUUCCAGAUGCCCUUCCAAGGCUGAUGCUCGGUGAUGAUAUUCCCGAUCGCAUUGUGCAGGUCAGUGAACGACCGUACUUCAUUGAAGACAAGGUGCCAGAAACGACGCCUGAGAAGUGGAGGCAUCACAUUUUGUGGCAUACAAACGUAUUCGAGCCAUGCAUUUUCAAGAGGGAGUGGAUGAUGGCACUGCAUCUAACAUCAGGAUGGAAAGUCAAACCCAGAUUGACAGAAGUACCGUGGCUGAAAGUGACGAAGAGCGAAAUCGUCUUCCGUGUCAGAUGCGAAAACGAGGGAGCGGACGAGGUAACUGUUGAGGAGAAGGCUCAAUUGCUAUUCGAUUCUCUGCACUCCAACAAUUAGCUGGAACAUAAACACAAGUUCUAUGACUUGCCGUCAAGCCGGUCAUACAAGACCAUCGAUUGGAAGAUCGA